AUGGCUUCUUUUGUAACUAAUACCGUCUUGAAUGAAUCAAUGAGAUAAUUCAAAUCUAAUCAAAAUGACUAAAAAUAAAAAAUAGAUUGGAAUGAUUUCAACUACCCCCCAUUGAUAAAAGUGAUUCAUUACAAUAUUGAAGAAGUGUAGCCAGAAUAUAGAUUGGUGGUAAGAUCAUUAUGGUUGUCGAGCAUACUCAUAGUGGCUUACACUCUCUUAAAUAUUAUUGAUAACAGUAUUUAAGCUGGAAACGGAAUUGAUGGAAUACGCAUCCUAUAUAGUUUUAUGUUCUUGUUCUCCUUCAACCCAAUUUAAUUGUAACAUAUUUUCCAUAGUUAGAGUUUUAUUUUCUAUCGAGGAUAUAAGGGCGUAGUAUCUGAUCCAUAUCUAUUGGUUUUGUAUAAAUGGGUUUAAAUUGUAUUGAUACUUUGCUGGAUAACAUUUUCAAUUGUUGCCAUUCUAGGAUUUAAUGGAUUCAUCAUUUUGUAAUUCCUUUUUGAAUUUCUCCCCUUUUGUGGUGUAUUAGCAUUAUUUGAAGAUAUCAUCAUGUUAAUAAUUGUGUUUUUAAGUGGUUUUGCUUUAUUCCGUAUCUGGAAUAUAAAAGAAUGA